AUGGCCCACCAAGCACAUGCAUUCCACAUAGUCGACCCCAGCCCUUGACCUUUAACCGGCGCAGUCGGAGCCCUGCUGCUCACAUCUGGCACUGCGAUCUGAUUCCACUUCCACUCAACUACACUAGCUACAUUAGGAUUUAUUUUGACAGUCCUUACUAUGUACCAGUGAUGACGGGAUGUUGUCCGGGAAGGCACUUUCCAAGGUCACCACACACCUCCGGUUCAAAAAGGUCUUCGGUACGGAAUGAUCCUUUUUAUUACAUCCGAAGUUUUCUUCUUUGCGGGAUUCUUCUGGGCAUUUUACCACGCUAGCCUAGCCCCUACCCCUGAACUAGGUGGAUGCUGACCUCCUACAGGCAUCACAACUCUUGACCCGUUCGAAGUACCUCUGCUUAACACAGCAGUCCUUCUUGCAUCCGGCGUAACCGUAACAUGAGCGCACCACGCCCUAAUAGAAGGGGACCGGAAGCAAGCAAUUCAAUCUCUCACACUAACAAUUCUGUUAGGAUUCUACUUUACGUUCCUACAAGGAAUGGAGUACUACGAAGCCCCUUUUACUAUUGCGGAUGGAGUUUAUGGAUCUACAUUCUUCGUAGCCACAGGUUUCCACGGACUACAUGUUAUUAUUGGAUCAACAUUCCUAGCUGUAUGCCUAUUACGUCAAGUACUCUACCAUUUCACCUCUCAUCACCACUUUGGCUUUGAAGCCGCUGCCUGAUACUGACACUUUGUGGACGUAGUAUGAUUAUUCUUGUACGUCUCUAUCUACUGAUGAGGAUCAUA